AUGCGUGCCGCUGGUCUUCUUUCUCUUAUACUCGCAGCGAUUCCCGCUGUUACCGCCGGGAAGCGGGGUACCCUCGGUCUUUCCCUGGGUAACAAGAAUCCUGACGGCACCUGCAAGUCCACUAGCGACUAUGAAGCCGACUUUGACGCGCUCAAGAGCCUAACCACCCUCGUCCGUACAUACUCCGCCAAUGACUGCGACACUGCUGUGAAUAUCGUUCCUGCAGCCAAGAACAAGCAGUUCAAAGUUGUGUUGGGUGUCUGGGCUGAUUAUGAGGAAUCCUUCAACAAUGACCUGAAUGUCUUGAAGAAGACUGUUCCCGGAAAUGAAGAUGUUGUCCAUUCCAUCACUGUCGGUUCUGAAACUCUUUACCGCAAAGGCCUUACUGCCCAGCAACUCCUGGACAAGAUUCGUACGGUCCAGGAUGCGUUCCCCAAGACGACCGUUGGUACGGUAGACAGCUGGAACCUUUUCUAUGAUGGUACUGCCAAUCCCAUCAUCGAGGGCGGUGUCACUUACAUUAUGGCCAAUGCCUUCGCCUAUUGGCAAGGAUCGGAUAUCGACCACGCUACCAAGACUUAUUGGAAUGACACAACGCUGGCUCUGGAAAGUAUUGAAAAGGCUGCUGGCAACAACAAGGACAAGAUUGUCUUCGCAAACGGCGAGACUGGUUGGCCCACCGAUGGCGGUUCUGACUAUGCAGCUGCCAAGGCUGGCACUCAGAAUGCUGCACGGUACUGGAAGGAGGCUGUCUGCUCUAUGCUUGCCUGGGGUGUCGAUGUUUUCUACUUUGAGGCUUUCGACGAAUCCUGGAAGCCCACCAGCAUUGGUGACAACGGCGAGGAGAAGGAUGAGACCCACUGGGGCCUCUUCACUGCCGACCGUAAGGCCAAGUUCGACUUGUCUUGCCCUAAAUAG